AUGACUGAUUGUGCUUUUGGUAUAGCCGGUAAAGAUUGGGUUAUUAUUGCUGCGGAUUCCCAUGUAGAACAAUCUAUCGUUAAGUUUAAGACUACUGAGGAUAAGAUAUAUGAGAUGGAUAAUAAUAAGUUAGUAGCAGCUGCUGGACCACAGGCUGAUAGUAGUCAGUUUUUGGAGUUCAUAUCUCGUAAUGUGGAACUAUAUGCAUUAGUUAAUGGUAUACAAUUAACUACUCAUGCAUUGGCUAGUUUUACUAGGAAUGAACUAGCUGAUGCAUUAAGGAAAGGUCCUUAUCAAGUUAAUAUGUUAAUUGGUGGAUAUGAUGAUAAAGAUGGAAGUAAUAAUUAG